UUCCUCACCACCCACAUAGUAAAGCUCCGCGUCGAAAUCGGAAAACAGAUCAAAAAAAUAAAAGUUCUAAUCCCGCAAUCAACCCACCUCCGAUCUCCAUAUACGUAGUACAGAGUGAUCGUGAGAGGAAAAAAAAAAGAGAGAGAUGGGAAGGGGAAGAGUGGAGCUGAAGAUGAUUGAGAACAAGAUUAAUAGACAAGUGACGUUUGCAAAGAGGAGGAAUGGAUUACUGAAGAAGGCGUAUGAGCUUUCAGUGCUCUGUGAUGCUGAGGUUGGCCUAAUCGUCUUUUCCAACCGAGGCAGACUAUUUGAGUUCUGCAGUAGCUCCAGCAUGAUGAAGACAAUCGAGAGAUACCAAAAGUGCAGCUAUAAUACAACAGAGACCAGAAUUCCAUCCAAGGAGACGCAGAACAAUUAUCAGGAAUAUUUAAAGUUGAAAGCAAAAGUUGAAUAUCUACAACGGUCACAAAGAAAUCUUCUAGGAGAGGACCUAGCUCUACUGACCACAAAGGAACUAGAGCAACUAGAACACGAAUUAGAAAUGUCUCUCAAAAAAAUCCGAUCAACUAAGAGCCAGUUGAUGCUUGAUCAACUAUGUGAUCUCAAAAGGAAGGAGCAAAUGUUGCAGGAAGCUAACAAAGCUCUGAGAAUGAAGUUGCAAGAAGACGAGCCGGAAAUGCCCCUCCAGUUGUCCUGGUCUGGUGGCCGCACAGCCGGAAAUGCCAGAAGCCCCUGCGGCCGUCAACCUCAAUCGGAUGUAUUCUUUCAGCCCUUGCCUUGUGACCCUACUCUGCAAAUUGGAUAUAACCCAAUCUGUAUAGAAGAGCAAUUGAACAACGGAUCGUCCUCUCAUAAUAUCAAUGGCUUCCUUCCAGGAUGGAUGUGAUUAUCACUUAAAUCUCUUAAAAGUCAUCACCUUUCAUAUUCUGCUACAUAUUUUAUAUCUUCCAGCUUGGGGAAGAAUGUGCUCAAAAGAAAACAUGAAAAAGAUCAUACAAUAAGGUUGACUAAGGCAUUUGUAUUUUGUAGUACCUUGAUUUUUGUGUAUGUAAUGUAUAGUGGAGUAGAACAAGAAGCUUAUUUUGAACACAAAUAUGCAGGCAUUGAAUUAUUCAAGGAUAAUGUAACAGUGUACCAUAUAUUUUCAUAUUUAUAU